GGACAUUGUUCGAGCGUCGGACAACAACUAAAGGACACCUGAUAUGUUUGCGAUGUCAAUGUUUAAUUGUAACUAACGCGAAAAGAAGGUUUUCUUGGCGAACAUGUGGGUCGUUAGGCGAGUUCUAUCGUCUGUUGCCCUUAGUCGUCAGUAUGGUGGUCACCCAGGCUUGUUCCGCCGCCCUCGGCUGGGCUCUCUUUCCGAGAUGGAGCUGCGCUACCUGCAGUGCACAUGCUGCUGGAGGAGCCGAAUCCCAGUGGCUGGAAUGGAGACCCUCAAUGCCACCAUCUCACCGCCCUGUGAAGAGGAUGACCACAACGUGGAUUCCGCCGCUCCUCUAGAUUCCAAUUACACCUCAGAGCAGCGCGAUGUCAUCUUGAGGCUGCUGAACAAUGCCUCGGUCACAGAGCUGGCAGGCGUCAAACUCCUCCGAGGGCGUAAAUCUGUCAACAUCGUGGAUUACCGAAGCAAACACGGACCCUUUAAGACACUGGAAAGUGUGGUAAACGUGCCACUCCUGAAACACAAAAGUGCCAUGGUUGUGUUUCAGUCCAUCCUCAACCCAGUGAAGGAGAAGAAGAAGGUGCGCAUCCAGCUUGCCAAGUUCAUUAGGCCUGAGGUGGACAAAUCCUGGCUUGAGGAUGCCAAUUCCAUCGUGUCACUAGUGUGUGGCACAAAUCGAAUAGCGUGGGCACACAUGGGCCGAGGGAUGACUAUAAUGGACUGGCAGCACCUAGACUGCCCAAACUUCCUAAAGGGCACAUACAUGGCAUCUGCCUAUUUAAAUGAUGUAUCCGCAGUGGUGUCUGCUCUACCUUUGGCGGACUUCUACAUCAUUGAGAAGCCGUCAAUUUCGGUGCAGAACACAGCUUUGUUCCCAAUUAUGGCGCACAUGAGGUCGGUGGAGGCCAUGCUGUUUUCGCUCCUGGAGCCCAGAAACAUCCCACAGGACUCCAACAUUCCUCCCAGAGUUCUCAACAUGAUGCGCACGGCCGUGGGACGUCACUUCGGGCUCAUGGUGGGCGAAUCCCGGACCAGUGGGGCACAGACGGUACGGCAGCUGAUGACAGAGUCCGUCACGCAAAAGAUGCCGCGGAUAAACUUCCCACCAGAGCUACUGGUGAAGUACAGGAACUGGUUCCAGAUGAGCAGCAGAAGAGGCGGAGGAGAGGAACUCUGCGACGCUCUGUUGCAGGCGGUUGCUUUUUACGAACUGCUCAGUGAAUCUUCUACCUAGCCGUUGCUGAUCUGGCAAUAUGCAUAAAAACAUACAUGGCUCGUACAGUAACUUACUCUACCUGAUUGACUGCCAUUUACGGUAACAGACAUUAGAUCCAGUUGAACUAGAAUGGCUGGCAUUGAAUAAUCAUGUCGCAAUUUCAUUGACGGCAAUAGACGUCCAAUCCAUUUAGACUGGGAGACCGUAAAUGGCAGCCAAUUUAAUUAAAAUAAAUUAUUUUAUGAAAUAACAUCAAAGCAGUUACAGUAUAACAGUAGGAAGUUUUUAUUUUUUUUAAAUUUUUUAUCCAUUUCCCGAUUUGCCAAAGCCACUGUGUGGUCAAUGUAAAAAGUUUAAGCAGAUCUAAUAUGUCUAACACCAUCAAUGGCAGCCAGUUACCGAAGGACUUUUGAAUAUCCCCCCCCCUCAACCUAAGAUAUUAACCAAUUUAAACUGGUAAUUUUUUUCCCCAUCAUCAUAAGGGCAAACUAAAUGUAUAAAAGCAUGACAGAGAAAACUGCAGAAUUUGUGCUUUUAGUGGUAAUUUUUUUGUAUAUAACUGGUCAUUUAAGGCUUUAGAAUAAAGGGGUCUUGCAGGCUGUACUGCAUAUAACACAUCAAGUGUGAAUUUACACAACAGUUCUAUACAAUAAGGCACACCUACCUAUAAACGGCACCCAUCAAAUUUGAAAAUACUGGAAUAUAAGCAGCAGGUUUCCUUCCACAUUGUAUCAUGGGACAUUUACACCAAAAGAUAUGCAGUUCAUUAACCUCUGGAAAUCCAUAAAUUGGCUGAAGCGGAUUUCAGCCGCAGGUUUUAAAGUGACUGUAAAAGAAGCAACUUUUGUCUAAAUAUUACAGAAUUUUGUUCUUCGGUGAUAGCUAAAAUUUUAGUUUUCUUAUCUGCUGAUACCUGAACACUUUGGUCUGUUGGAAUGUGUAUGGGUGCACUCUAAGUGUGUAAGGCAGAUAAGAAUAUAUAUGGUUAAAUAAAUAUGCAAGCAGUGGCUUUACACACAUGCUAAAAAGUUAUAGUUUGAACUGGCUGGGUCUCGAUCAAAGUAAUGCACAAAGUCUCUUGUGUUUGCAAUACCAGCUAGAUUUCACUUUUGAAAUAACUCUUGGAACGAAGUGUGAAAAGUAGAUAUAAAAAUGCUGAUUUUUUUUUUUUUUUUUUUUUUUAAAUCUUCAAAACACCUGAGAAUGCAUGGAAAUUCCAUUAAAUUAUG